AUGUGGUGCGGCGUGAUCUUCGUCCUGCUGGCGUACACCGGGGCAGCGGCGGCGGCAGCAGUAACCAAAGCGGCGACGGGCGGCGAGGGGGUUAACGUCGCUCUCCACGCCCAGAGCAACUACGCGGUGCACGGCUGGGUUGCAGGGUCAGAAAUUACGACCAGCGGGCUACGACGGGCGUUUGCAGCCCUUCCUUGCGUGCGGAGCUGCGAGAUAUUCGCCCCGUUUUCUUACGAUGGGGUUUCCAGUCGAAAGUGGGACUUGGUGAUCAUCGAGGGGUACACGGGCUCCGUGCCAGCUUUCAUUCACGAGGUUCGGGCUGGCAACGAUGACGUCGUGGUGCUUUUCUACUGCCUGGACACUUACCCGUCCCUAUCCGUGGUCGGAAACUUGGACGUCGAUGCCUUCCUCACUAACAGCUUAGCACUCUUGCCGUUCCUGCGACAGAUCGCUCCGGCGUCGUCACUGGUGCACCUCGCGGCAGACCCGUCGGUGAUGCAGGCGGCGCCGUUUCGCCCGGAGUACGCCCACAACGUUGUGUACCUCGGCCAAUUCAAGGGCACCAAGCAUCGGCUCGUCGAGACCCUGAAAGAGGUUGCGCCGUAUGGACUAGCCAUCUACGGCAACGGAUGGAGCGGUGUCGAGGGCGCGGAGGAACUGUUGCCGUUCUGGCGGGGAAUUCUACCGCUGGGCGAUGUCGCUGCUCUUUACACAUCAGCCAAGGUUGUCAUAGCCACGACGGAGACGCUCCAGCGAAGCUUGGGCAUGGUCAACAACCGCGUGUUCGAGGCUCUCUCCUGUGGGACCGCCGUCGUGAGCGACGCCUUCCCGGCGGCGGAGGAAAUGUUCGGCGACCACGUGCAUUUCUACCGCCAGCCUGGUGACGCGGCGCGAGCGGUGAAGCACCUGCUCGGGAACGACACCGCGCGAACCGAUCUGGGCAGGAGGGGCCGGGAGCUCGUCCUGUCCAAGCACACCUUCGCGUCGCGCGUGGUGACGAUUCUCUCGAGCGUGGACGAAGUGGUAGCGUUGAAAAACCAGGAGGAGGCGUCAGCGGCGGGAGAGGCUUCGUCCGCGGCAGCCCGGCGCCUGGCCCCGCCACCGGGCGAGGCGACGGCAGCGGCCACGGCGGGGGGUGAUGAUACUCCCGCGAGGGGUGCCGCCGGCGCUGACGCUAUCGCCGCCGCCGUGGGUGCCACCGCGGUGCCGAAGGGAGGUGGCGGCGUCGAGAGCUGUUGCCAAUCGGGCAGAGCUUGUCGCAACGCCGUCGAGUUCACGGCAUGCCCUACCCCCACUACGGCACCUGGAGAGGGUGGAGAAAUCUUGGCGACAUCCGUGACGUCGUGCCCUCCAGAGGGAACGCCCCCGGGUGAAGAGGGUGCUGCCGUGGAGGAGGUACGACCACGAUCACGGCGCCAUCACGAUCCCUUGCCACCGUCGCCACCGCUGAGGGCGGCGGCUCCAGUCCGGGCGCACCAACGCCCGGGCCAGGCUCAACCCCUCGCACACGGUGCCGGCGAACACGCCACCGGCAGCGGGGACAUCUCCAGUGAUGAUGCGACACAGGCAACAUCCUGCGACGGCUCCGGGGAUAAUUCGACAAGUAGAAGGUCCUGCAACGGCUCUAGGGAUGACACGACAAGCGGCGCAUGCCGGCACGGUUCCAGCGAUAGCUCGACAACAGGAACACCGUGCAACGGCGGUUCCGGGGAUGAUACGAAAAGGGCAACAUCCCGUAACGGCUCAGGUAACCCCGACUGUCCUAUGCCCCAGCUGCUGGGGCGAAAGAAGACGCCGCUGGUGGUGCGGCCUAACGCUCCGCUGGUCCUUGUCGUGUACCGAUCGGAAACCCCUCCGCCUGGGCAAUUGCGGCGGGACCUCCAGUCCGCGGCUGGAGCCGUGGCCGGCGGCGCCAGAAUAGCGUUCAUGGAGACAACAGCCGAGACUCUCGGCGGCCGCGAUUCGGACGUCGAGUGUUCCGGAUGGGGGCGACGGAUCGGGGCGGAAGAAUUCUCUCGGCUGAAGGCCCUGCAGACCCGCGUCUCCCGGCUGCUGGCCGAUGCAGGCCCAGCGGCCGCCCACGGAGAGCACGGAGAUACGCCGAACGUGGACUUUCUUGGCGUGGAGGCUGCCCGCGAGGCGCACGGCUUCAUGGAGUGGUGCUGCUCCGUAAGCAUGCUCAUCGUGUAUUCGAAUGUGGGAGACCCUUUGGAGAGGUGGUUUCUCCACCGGCUCGUCGGCGAACACGCUUCGCGCGUCGUGCGCACGGCGUUUCUCGCUGUCGCCGCCGGUGGCUCUGAGGGUGCGGAAGAACAACAUAGUGUUGCGAGACAAGAGCACGAGAUCGCGAGACAACGGCACGGGGUGGCGGGACAACACGGUAAAGCUCCGACGUCUUUGGAGGCUCAACGGCUGGACCGCUACGAGUGGGUUGAGCACCUUGGCGGCUGCGGCGAGGGCCGCUCGUGCCCCGGGUCGGUCCCUUCAGAGGGAGGCUGCUUCGCGGAAGAAACGAGAGGCAAGACUUGCCCUUCUGUCUCCAGGCUCAAGAACAAGAUCGAACAAACCUUGUUCAGGGUCUCCAGACACGCGACGAUUUCCAUGUUGGAACCGAGAGAGGGCACAGUUUUCGCCGCCGAACGGAGCGAAAGGGAAGGAGCAGGCGAUUGGGCCCAAUUAAGACUGCGUGUCAAGGUGGUGCACCCCUAUUUCCGGACGCCUGACGACGGAAUGUGGUGCGUUCUUCUGGAAGACGUGGAGGUGGGGUGCCGAGGCGACUACGACUCCAGGGAAAGGGGGGGGUACUCGCAUGCAGUAACCGUAGAAAUCGACCCUGUCGUGUUGCCACGACGAUGCAGGUUGCAAGUAGUUACCAAGGGAGGAGGGGUUGAAACACCGAGGGUGCUGAACAAAAGCCCACCCAUUUCCGUAACCAUCUGGUAGAUACAGAUUCCAUUUUGUUACGUUUCGAGCCACAGUCCAGAGUACUUGCCUCAAGUGUUGAAAGAAAUAAUGUUCAAUUCUUAGACUAUUCUAUAUAGGUCUAGGGAUUAUUCGUGUACGUAGGCUGUUUACACGUGCCUUGUGGAUUGUUGGGUCUGUUGCCCAUGAUGCCUGUUCUUCCCGAGUACGCAUGGUUUGAUUACAGCUGUUGGGGUUGUUAUACAUAUCUUUCACUGUAGACAGUGGCGCCAUCAUGUAUUCCUUGAAAAGUGUCCUUGGGUUGACUUGGCGCAAAGCGUCUGUCUGCCUCUAUUGAGAAGUCCCAACGGGGUGAAGGUGAUAAACACAAGCUUCCGUAAUCAUAUAGAUGCAGAUAUCUUGGUAGGGCCAACGGUUUCGUUAGCCUCGGGUUCCUUUCGACCCUUUAACUUAAAGCAGUACACCAGAAAUUAUUUUACUGCUGUAGGUGUCGGUAGUUCGCAUCCCAACCACAGACAAAGUGUGGUGCCGUUUACCAGGUACGCUAUUAACUUACAGUCUAAGUACAUGGCAUACAUGUAGUCUAUGCAUAUUAUCCGCACAUCGCACUUCAAGCCUCAAAUUGACUACCGUACUGUUGUAGAGAUGAGCCCUGAUCGAAAGAACGGGCUGGGAAACCCUCCCGCGGGAUGACAAAGAAAGUUAGUUGCAGCAUGCUAGCUUUCCGUGUAUCCCCGAAUCAGAGCCCUCAAGGCCGUAGGAUCCACCCCCACCACACGCCAAAGACCAAUAGUUGGAAUUUUCCCAAAACAAGUACGACGGGGAGUGUGAGUGACGUCCCAUGCCGCGAACAGUCAGUCAUCACAAUCAGAAGCGAGUUUGCGGUUGCCUCCUAGCGCCGCACAUCCAUACCCCCCAGAUCAGCUUACAGCAUGACCAAGAGGUCCAGGGAGGACAGGAUUACAGCAGCAUUCGUAGAGGAUACGCCGCGCGGAAUAUUUAGAUCUGGAGACUUUUGACCUUGGAUCUCGAUCUUGGAUCUCGAUCAUCAUCUGCGCCCUGUUCGAGAGAACGAAAGGGCUCAAUAAAGCAUCGGUGAAAAUUCUCAACCUCACCCUACUCUCUCCAUCACAUCCAUCCGUCACAAUCUGACCGCCCGCCCCCCCAAUGGGGCGGGCGGCCAGCCAAUCCCUUCCCCCUCAAAACAGCAGUUGUUCGAUAGUCGGAUGGGGUAUUUUGCCGCCGUUUCUUCUCUAGAGAACGUUCUUCGCUUUUUCGUCUUGGAAAGGGUGGGCGCACGGAAAUCUAUUCGAGAUUUGUUUGGCAAGGUGCUUCGCGAAAAAACUGAGACUGUACGCGCAUUCCGACCGUUUUCGGGCGGGUCGGCAGCCGCGCCAGAGCCAGCAGCGUCGUGCCUUCUAGUGUGGAGGGCAGCAGGCAGCCGCGGCCGGCCCUGCUGCUGCUGCUGCUGCUGUGCGAGGGGCGCGUGUUCUUCUCUCCCCGACGGAGGAAUCUCGUUCUUUGUUGUUCCCUUCCGUGUGGGCCGAUGGGUACCUGCCUUUCCUCUCCACCGGAAGAGCCUGCCGCCAUCAAGCGGUCGAGGAGGAGCAGCAGAGGGAGCAGUGGUGCCACCCGGGACUCACGAAGUUCCAUUUUUUCGAGGAAGAGACAGAGAGAGGCGAGGGCAAGCGGAAAAGCGCGCGAAACAAGAACGUGACUUACCCCGGAGAUUUGUAUUCUGCCGCGGCCACACAAGCACCGAACCCAUUUCCGCCAUAUCAAAACCUGAAACGGGCUGGAACCCGUUGAUCUACUACGCAUGCAAUGCUACGUCGUACGGGGCAGCAUAGUCUGGAGUAGUGUGGAUAUCCGAUGUAGUGCAGGUUUAUCGACUUGGCAAAUGAUUAGUAGUGCAGCGCACACGUGUUACUUAUCUCUUUUUUUUGGUUUAGGGCAGGGCAUAUAACCGGUCGCCCCGGUGGUCUAAUUGGUAUCCACGAAACCUUCUAGACGUCAGGUCAGGGGUUCGAAUCCCGGCGUAAGCGAGCUUUUCUUGCAAAGUGAGUUUUUCUCUCGCUUCCGCUCCUGUCUAGUGGAUAGCGCUAGUUCGUGUGUACACAGAGGGAAGAGAGUGCUGAAAUCUCCUCGCAUUAAAAAUCGAAGGCAACGUACCGCAGGAGGGGAGGGUAGAGAGAAGCUCUUCUGUGUGACCACGGGUUGGAGUAAACGGCACUAGUGCUGUGAGCGCUGAUUUGAAGUG